GCUGCUCAAGCCGUUCGUCAGUAGAGCGCUGUAGGCACGGCGAGACGCUGAACGUGGACGCGGCACGAAUCUCCCAGUCAGCCCCUGUAUUAUCCCAUCCGAAAUCACAGCAAUGCGCAGGAAAUCUAGGAUUUUAUUAUGUUUCGCUGUGCUGUGGGUGCUUGGCAUAGCGUAUUAUUUCUACUCGGGGACAACGCUAAGUCGAAAGGAUGACUGGAGUGGCAUUAAUUCAAACAGAAUACAAUCACACAGCAAUGCAGAUGACAAAGCCCACAGCCUAGAGACCCUUCCUCCAGGGAAGGUUAGGUGGCAAGACUUUGAUCAGGAUCUGUACGUGGGAGCGACUGUGGUGAGGCCAGGGCAGGAUCCCUACGCCCGCAACAAGUUCAACCAGGUUGAGAGUGACAAACUCCGAAUGGACCGCAGUAUCCCUGACACAAGACAUGACCACUGUCGUCACAAGCAGUGGAAAACAGAUCUUCCUUCGUCCAGUGUGAUUAUCACUUUCCAUAAUGAGGCCCGUUCAGCCCUGCUGCGCACUGUGAUCAGUGUAUUGAAGAAAAGCCCACCCAAUCUGGUCAAAGAGAUCAUCUUGGUUGAUGACUACAGUGAUAGCCCUGAAGAUGGUGCCUUACUUGGGAAAAUUGAGAAGGUCAGAGUUUUACGGAAUGAUCGGCGAGAGGGCUUGAUGCGAUCCCGCGUCAGAGGGGCGGAUACGGCCACAGCCAGCGUACUGACAUUCCUUGACAGCCACUGCGAGUGUAAUGAGCAUUGGCUUGAACCCCUGCUGGAAAGGGUUGCUGAGGAUAAGACUCGGGUUGUCUCGCCCAUCAUAGAUGUCAUUAACAUGGACAAUUUCCAGUAUGUCGGCGCUUCUGCAGAUCUUAAAGGAGGUUUCGAUUGGAAUCUUGUUUUUAAAUGGGACUACAUGACCCUGGAGCAACGACGGGCACGGCAAGGGAACCCGAUUGCUCCCAUCAAGACACCAAUGAUUGCCGGAGGUCUUUUUGUAAUGGACAAGAACUACUUUGAAAAGCUUGGGAAGUACGACAUGAUGAUGGAUGUGUGGGGCGGUGAGAAUCUUGAGAUCUCAUUCCGCGUCUGGCAGUGUGGAGGGAGUCUGGAGAUCAUUCCCUGCAGUCGAGUGGGUCAUGUCUUCAGAAAACAGCAUCCAUAUACUUUCCCAGGGGGAAGCGGGACAGUGUUUGCCAGAAACACCAGGCGAGCAGCAGAGGUAUGGAUGGAUGACUUCAAGAAUUUCUAUUAUGCUGCUGUACCAUCAGCCCGUAAUGUGCCCUAUGGAAAUAUUCAGAGCAGACUGGAAAUGAAGAAGAGGUUGGGCUGUCAACCAUUCAAGUGGUACCUGGACAAUGUGUACCCUGAGCUUCGAGUGCCAGAUCACCAGGACAUAGCCUUCGGAGCACUUCAGCAGGGCCAGAACUGUCUGGAUACGCUGGGACACUUUGCUGAUGGUGUGGUGGGGGUGUAUGAAUGUCACAACGCAGGGGGGAAUCAGGUAUCAUUCAAAGCUCAGGAAUGGGCUCUGACUAAAGAUAAAUCAGUAAAACACAUGGAUCUGUGCUUGACUGUGGUGGAUCGCACCGCCGGCUCGCAGAUCAAGCUGCAGGGGUGCAGGGAGAACGACAGCAAACAGAAAUGGGAGCAGAUCGACAAUAACUCCAAACUCCGACACUUGGGCAGCAACCUGUGCCUCGACAGCCGCAGCGCACGGAACGGCGGUCUGACGGUGGAGAUGUGCAGCCCCUCGCUUACCCAACAGUGGAAGUUCACUCUCAAUCUGCAACCCUAGCUCGACCCCGCCAGUCCCAGGCCUCCCCUUAUCGCCCUCAAACAGCCCACGCUGGGCACGCACUCGCCCCUCAGAGAUAUCGCUGUCCGGACUCGGGUCCGCCACAACGCGGCCGCUCUGGUCUACAAGGGCCAUGCGGCACCGAAAUCAGACAACAUAAAGUUGAUGAUGAUUUCCAUCUAACUAUAUACCUCACGGUUUUGUCUUAUGUCCAGGUCUUGGAAAGUGAAUCUAAACUUUUUGUCUUUUCUCAUCCUGUUUCCGAUGCGAGCGAAAAGGAUCCGCUAUCUCAUGUAUUUUUCUUUUUGGCAUUUCUCAUUUUCUUAAAUGGAUUCCAGCACAUUUUUACGAUGGCGUUGACGUCCGUCUUUUUAUUUUUCUAGUCACGUUACCAAUAGCGUUGAAUGUAAUUUACUUUUUACGGAGGCUCCCGACCUGCGCUGAAUUUUUGAGUGAAAACCGCUCCAGUUUGGUUUGAUUUGUGGGCUCAUGGGAUUGGGGGAGGACUCUUGACGCGCGUGCUGACACAGACACGUUUUCUUUGGAGGACUUCGAUAGGCUUGUUUCAAAUCGCGGUGCGCGCAAAGAAAAAAGAGCUGGAAGAAAUUGAGACCUUGAGUUUUUCUAUAGUUUCUAUUGAAUUGUCUUUUCUUUUGAAGGUGCAAUGUGUUAAGAUUCAACCUGCUUUCUUUAAGAGGCCUGGUGUGUUCUAAAGGAGAUCUGAGGCAUUGUACAGAACAUGACUGUUGGAUUCACAAACUGUAGCACUGGCUGCUAACAAUUUCGUGUUUAACAUGUCUUCAAACCUGCAUUUUUCUCCCGAAUCAUUUAUUUCUUUGAAGCCUUUUUUUCUUAAAUGUGUAUUAUGUGAAAUAAUCGUGUAAAUCUGCUAACUCCAGGCAGACUCCUUUGCUCUCAUUUUCUCUGUCAUCAUCGAUUGGAUACAUGCACAGGUGGAAUGCACUCUGGAUCAUGUCUUUUAUUUCUUCCUAACAGUGGUUUUAUUCUCAAGAUGAAAUCAUGAUACUCUCAAUGUCAUUACUUGAGCAUCCCUUAUUUUCACAGUUAAAGUGACAGCCUUUUGUUAUCCAUGAUACUGUAAAGAAAAUGUGAGAUGUGUUGCUUAACAGGUUUCAAAGUGUGCUUUACACAUCGGGUUUAGAAAAGAGAGGGGCAGAAUAUUGUGUUUGUCCGUCUCCAUUUUCUCACAUUAUCAUGUCUUUAUGCUUUCGGCUAAUCGUGGUACUUCAGUUGUCACUGGUUGAUCCUAACAGAACUAGGACCCAAAUGUAAAUCCAAUGAACGGGGAAGCCUGUGACAUGUGAAGUUGAAUCAUUUAAUCCAUUUAUCUGUCGUAUACCUGAGCUGGGAUAAUGCCGUAGCAUUCUGACUAACUUAUUGUAGGGUAGGAAAUAAGACUAAAUGAGCCUCUGACUUUCCCUCGGUCGGCUUUUCUCAUGUGUCAGCAGUAAAUGUUAUGUUAAUCUUAGACUUUGUAUGAAUCAUUCACACCACCCUGUAUUUUUAUAGACAUUACAGUUCCCUGUUGAUGAUAAGAAAUGGAAUCCAUACAUGGAGUCUUGGUUUUUCAGAUUGAGUGGCAUCCACAGCGAAUCUAAGGAGAGGAAACAAAACAGUCGACCUGUAUUAGGAUGCGUGUUUUUGUAGCGCCUCCAGGUUUUAUGUUGUCAUGUGGGUCUGCCGCCCCCUGGCACAUUAACAGCGGAAAGAAACUUUGAGAUGUGGACCGCAUAUUGCUGUUUUCAAUCACGCCACCUUUUUCAAGUGAAAGAAGCCGGCGGAGUGGGAUUGCCAUUGCUGCUCACCACAGUAUUCGUGCAGAGGAACGGCUUUGAACGCGGAGAUUUCGGAGAACGCAGCCAAAUAAGGAGCAAUACGUGAUGGCUACUUGCAUAAUUUAAUUGGAUGAAAUGUUUACAAAGCACACUGUGCCAAAGUAAUUUGCUGUUUGAGUGAAACAUGGAAAUGCAUCUCUAUUCAAGACAGAACCGUUUAAUUUUCAGUAAAUGGACAUGUGAACCCACCUGCUUUUUGUCUUUUUCAAAAUCUCAGUGUUGCAUUCAACAGCAAAGGAAAUGGCAUGGGGUCGACGCUUGUACUAGUGUAUAUGUGUGUAUAUACAGUAUGUAUGUCCAUGCAUGUACAUUUACACUCAUUCAGUUGCAGUUCUAGUGAUUUGGUCAACUGUACAGCGCUUGUAUUUGUUCAUUGUUUUAUAGAUAUUGCAGAAGUUUGAAUGAUUGAAAAUAAUUAACUUAAAUAAAAUUUAUAUACAUAA